ACUAGCGUCAAGUGUUGUCUCUGUUCGAGUGAGACACGGCAACAGUAACUAUCCUUUCUUACCGGAAUCGGCCGAAAGCUGACAGCUGAUGAGAUUUGAAUGAUUAAUUAGGAUCUAACAGAUCUGUCUCUCGAAGAGAGAUCGUGGAGUAGUAAGGAUGGAUCCCGCUCUGCUGAGAGAGCGUGAACUCUUUAAGAAGAGGGCUCUGUCCACUCCAGCAGUAGAGAAAAGACCGGCGUCCUCAGAGGCCUCUGGCUCGUCUAAGAAAAAAAAGAGCAAACCUGACAAAGAGUCGUCCUCAGCGUCCAAAAACAAUGCAGACUCCAGUAAUGGAUCCUUCAAUCUUAAAGCUCUCUCUGGGAGCUCAGGCUACAAGUUUGGAGUUCUGGCACGAAUUGUUAAUUACAUGAAGACAAGACAUCAGAGGGGUGAUACUCAUCCACUUACCCUGGAUGAGAUUCUAGACGAGACCAAACUGUUGGACAUUGGCAUGAAGCAGAAACAGUGGCUUAUGAGCGAGGCCUUGACAAGUAAUCCUAAGAUAGACGUAAGGGAUGGGAAAUAUGCCUUUAAACCCAAAUACCAUCUGAAAGAUAAGAAAGCUUUGCUCAGACUGCUGGACAAGCAUGACCAGCUGGGCUUAGGAGGAGUGCUGUUAGAUGAUGUGGAGGAGGGACUGCCCAACGCCGCCAAAGCUAUUAAAGCUUUAGGUGAUCAGAUCAUAUUUGUUACCAGACCAGACAAGAAGAAGAUUCUCUUUUACAAUGACAAGCACUGCCAGUUUGAAGUAGAUGAAGAGUUCCAGAAGCUGUGGAGAAGUGUUCCUGUGGAUUCUAUAGAUGAAGACAAGAUAGAAGAUUACCUGAAGAGACAGGGCAUCUCCUCCAUGCAGGAGACAGGACCAAAGAAAAUACUACCCGUGCAGAAAAGGAAGAAGCCUGGAGCGCAGAAGAAGAGACGGUUCAAGACCCACAACGACCAUCUGAAUGGAGUUCUGGAGGACUACUCAGACGGAGUCCCCGGCAAGAAGUGACAGAGACACACAAUAAAAACUCCCUACUUAGAUGCGAGAUAAAGACUCAGAAAGUGAAGACUGAUACGUGUUUUCCCCCUGAACACACUGUAUCUGAUCAGAGCGGUCUCAUUGCCAAAACCACAGUCAGACACAAGUGUGAAAGGACUAACAGACAAAACAAAUGUGAACUGACUGAAAUAGUUUCUUUAUUUUAUUUGCUUCUAUUUUUGUGCCAGUGCUUUGAGCAGUAUGUUGAAGCCUCUUUUUUGUUUUAGAAUAAAACUUGAAAUGGAGAAAGUAAA